UACACGCUUGCUCCAAGCGUGAGCGGAGUUUACAAUCUGAUCACGGAGAGUAGUACAACAACAACACAGACACGCACACCGUGGACAGAUUUACACACCACUACAGCAAUUAUACAACUAAGCACGAUGGCGUCUGCAAGUGUGGUGGGGCAGAACCCGGGACCACAACACCGGUUGGAUUCGGAACCUCCAAUGCUCUUCUUAAAAUUCAUCAACGUGAGAAAGAAAAUGCCGAGGAAAACCUCCCUUGAAAAAAUCAUGUUAAGGAAAUACUCCGGGACCUUGGAGACCAGCUCGGCGAAAUCCGAAGGUGGUCGCGGUUUUGAUGCAGCGUCGCUGAAAUUGUCGAUUCAUCAUUCCGACUCUCCGGCACUGGCGGGAGAAACUGCAUGCGGCUCGGCGUCGCCUAGCGAAGGAUGCGCAGCGCCGCGCGCUGAUGCGCCACGUAGCGUGGACGGGGACAUAGGCGAGCGCACGGACUGCGACAGCGGCGGCCCAGAGAGCAGGACAACACCGGCGGGUCGAGAAAGUCAACGGGGACAGAGCAAUGACCGCAGCCAAAACAUGUGUGACUGUUUCUUGAAUCAAAACACACGUGGAGAAAAGAGAAAUUCACACAAAAGGACAGCAGAGAUCACUGUCAUGCCAGGCGCUUUGGCGGCAAAUGGACAUACAGGAGCGCACUCGGACGUGCUGCACGGGAAGCGCGCGUCCCCGGGCAGCGGCAUCAGCAGCAGCAGUAACAACAACGGCGUCUCCAUGGGGUCACCGGACGGGGAGGCAGGGGGGCGGCUGCCGGUAGAGAGACUGACACAGGGCCGCACCGGUGUGGUAAGGUUUGCCCGGUCUGAGCCUCAGCGGCGCGAGGCCUGGACCAUUUUCACCCCGGAGACGCAGGGUGACCCUCGCGUCAAAGCGGAGCGCGGCGAAGGGCACCGGUUCGAUUCCAGGACGGUCACGCAGGACUGGUGUGACGUUUGUAACUGUCAGAUCAGUGCGCGUGCAGCUCUGAAGUGUCAAAACUGCAGCUACACCUGUCAUCCAGAAUGUGAGAGCCACGUACAGCUGGACUGCAACCAGAAGGAAAAGAGGGCCCAGGAAACUUCAUUACCCAGAAGCCACUCCUCAAUCGCCACCAAACACAAGGUGAGCAUUUCCAAUAGAAAGUCUUCUAGACAACAAAUCACUUAGUAUCACUGCCAAAAUGCACGUAGCAUAGACAUGCCCAAAUUUGGCAUCCUAGAUUCAGCUCGUAACACCUCAUUGAGUUACACGACCAUUAUGGACCCCUGGGGCUGACCUCUCUCUUACAUGCUGCUUUUCCUAUUUCUGGCUCUUGUCUGUUUAUUCAAUCUUUUUUUGGUUGCAUUCUGGUCCUAGAAUAUGUGCACUGUCUCUAAUUAGUAUUGUUUGAUCCUCAAUUGCUCAAUCCUAGCCCACUCCAACACGCAGGCGCGCGCAUGCACACACACACACACACGCAUGCACGCACGCACGCACGCACGCACACACGCAUACGCACAUACAAACACAAACAUAUAAACACACACACACACGCAUACAAACACAAACAUAUAAACACACACACGUACACGGACACACACGUACACGGACACACACACACACACCCAACCUCCUCUCACUCUUCUUCCCUCUUUCCUUGCUGGAGACCUGAACAAUCAGCCUCAGGUUUAACAUGACAUUUGCCCUCGUUCCAGCAGUCUUCUCCUUAUGUAAGCCCACCGUUAAUUGGAUGUUAGGGUUAGUCAUUUUUAUUUCUAAUCCUAUUGCCAUAUUUAAGCUACAACACUAUAGCUAGCUUUAAAGAAUGCCUCUUAAUACUAAACGGGAAACUCACACACACACACACAAACACACACACACACACACACACACACACACACACACACACACACACACACACACACACACACACACACACACACACACACACACACACACACACACACACACAAACA